AUGGAGCUGGACGUGUUUUCCAAUGCCAGCGAUGCCAGUUUGCCUACGAACUGUAACAGAGUGGAUUUAGUGGACCAGUUCAUGUACCCAACUGCAUACUCCGUGUUCUUUAUCAUAGGAUUUCCAGCCAACUGCCUCUCCUUUUAUGUUGCCUACCAACUGAUGCAAAAGGGCAACACCGUGGCCGUGUACCUAGUCAACUUGUCCGUGUCUGACCUCCUGUACACCAUCACGCUGCCCGUGUGGAUCGAGCUGGCCCUUCGACGGCCGGUGGACAGCACGCUCUGUAGCCUGAUCACGCUGAUCAUGUACAACAGCUUCUACGUGGGCAGCGGGCUGCUGUGCUGCAUCUCAGUGGACCGCUACCUCGCCGUGUUCUACCCUCUCCAUUUCCUGUGGGUGAGGGAGUUGCGCACGGCCACGCUGGUGAGCGCCGUGGUGUGGGUGGCCGAGUUGGUGGUGCACGCCAGCCUCAUGGCCCACUCCGGCGCCCUGGAGUCUUUCUCUGCCCUGCGUCUGUGCGAGGAGAGGAUGCCCAUGUGUCCCGCCGACGCCAGCGUGGCAAUCGUUCGCGCGGCGCUCGGGUUCCUCCUGCCUUUGUUCUUGAUGAUCUUCUGCUUCUAUCAGAUCAUGAGAGCCCUCAACAACAGUGCCUCACUGGAGAACGACGAGCGCCGCAAGAUCCGGAACCUGUUGCUCCUCUUGCUCAUCACCUACAUGGUGGCAUUCACCCCAUAUCAGCUCGUCAUGGUCCUGCGGGCAGUGCUGGAGGUUGGCAACUGUGACUAUGCCCACCGCCUCAGAGACUACCACAUGGUGUUUGUCGCCACCACCACAAUUAACAGCGUGGCAGACCCCAUAAUCUACUGCCUGCUGAGCCAGAGCGCCAAGACAGAACUGAAAGCCAUGCUGAGGAGUGGAAGGGUGACACUAAGGAAGCUCCAGACUUCUACAAGAGACUCGUCCAAUGCCUCUGAUGCAUAA